AUGCCUGCGAAAACUCGGGCACAACUGCUCCACGAGAAGUCGCAGGCUCGGGCAAAGACUUGGAGCAAUACCUUGGAAGGUAGUCGGAGGAAAAAGGCCGAGGAGAAGAGGAAGAAGUUAGAGAUGGAAGAGCUAGAAAGGCAGAAGGUAGACGCUGAAGAAGCCAAGAUCCAGCUGGAUCAAAGACGGGCGACCAUCGACCGUGCUAACAAGCUGCUGUAUGAGGAGUCUGAUCGCAUGAAAUCUUUCCACAGCAAGAUGAUGCACUGUGACGUCAUCGCGGAAAGAGAGGCGCAGAUCUCCCUCAAAGGCGAGCUGAAAAAGCUUGAGCAGAUUCGAGAUGAUCGCUUUCUUGAGAUGGAGAAGCAGAACUACCGGAAGAUGUUAGAGCGUGAGAUGAAGGAGCGAGAGACAAAGGAAGAGCUCUCCAAGAUAGCAGCGAAAGCUCAGAAGGAGCAGCUUGCAGAGUACAAAGAAAAGCGCUUCCAGGAGGUGGAGGAUGCCAUGCUUGAAGGGGAGCUCCUGCGUCGUAAGGCCAUUGAGGACCUUGAGGCAGAGCGGGCGGCGGAGAAGAAACGUCGUGAGAUGGCCAUCAAGGCCCAGAAGGAGACGCAGAAAGCCAAUGUGUACCUGAAGCAGAUCAAGGCAGAGGACAUGCUCCGUCAGCAGAAGGAGGAGGAAAAAAUCCAGGAGUAUGCGAACCGCAAGGAAAAGAUGCUCCAAUUGCGCAAGCAGAAGGAGGAAGAGGUCUUUCAGCAGAAGCAGGCAGCCCGAAAUGCAAUGAUCGAUGCGCAGGCCAAGCGCUUGGCUGAAAUGCAAAACAAUGAGGAGGCUCGAGUGGAAGGCCAGGUGAAGCAGAAGGAGGCUGCAGAUGAGAAGAAGCGGCUCGACAAGCUAGAGAUGAUGAGAAGGUGGGAAGAGGAUAUUCAAAACAGCCGGCAAGCUCAGAUCGAGCGAAAGCAGAAUACCCGCGCGCGGGAAAAGGCUGAAGAUGCCGAGACUGCCAAAUUCCUUGCGGAGUGGUGCAAGGUGCUGGACAAGCAGGAGCAAGAGGAGAAUCUCCUCAAAGACGCAGCAGCGCGAAAGCUUGCGGAGGAGCACCUGAAGCAGGUUGAGUUGUCGCGGCGAAAGAAGUUUGAGGAGAAAAAUUCUGACAAAGGUGUGGCGGAGCAUGCCGGCAAAGUCAUGGAGGCAGACACGCUUGAGUUUCACGCCUAUGCAGAGAAAAUCAUUCGGGAGUACUCCGCAGAGGGCAAGAACGUCAUCCCUCUCAUAAAGGAGCUUCGAGAUUUCCGGAAGCGCGUACAAGAGUGA